ACACACACACUCAGGCUCAGCCACAUUUGGUUCCUCCCAUCAGAGUGCGAAGACGAGCUUGUCAUCGGAUAAAAAAACCUAAGAUACCGCAGUUUUUUAAAAAGAUGUGUUCCAGACUUUUUUGUUGCCUGCCAUGCAGGAAAACGCAGAAAAAGCUGGACGAGUUUGAAGUUGUCAUUGGACAAUUCAGGAGUGAAAUGGAUCGAGAAUUGAAAGAAAUAGAAGGAAACUACAUUGAGCAGCUGGAGGAGAUCCGGGAAGCCUGGAUCGAUUCGCUGGCUCAUGUAGAGGACAGAAUUGAUGAAAUAUUAGGGGUCAUAGACAAUAUGCAGGCCCUAAUAUUUGAAAUGAAGAGAGAAGAAGGGAAAGAAGAAGAACUCACUGAAGAGAGUUAUGAAACUGCUAUGGGGAGUUCCUUAAGCAGUGAAAACACUGCCGAGGAGCAACCUAGAAGCAGUGACGGCUCUAACAGUGAGGGAGAGGAACGGAAAAGAUCGGAAAGCAGCGGGAUAAGUGAAGAAGAAAGAAUGGAGAAAAGUGAAGGUGCAGAGGACAAAAACAAUGUGAAGCAAGUGAGCUUCGCAGGAAACCUCUGCACUUUUUAUGAAAUCCCGCAAAGGAAGAAGGAAAAAGGAAGCAAAUUGAUAAGAUUCUUUAGAAGAAUCUUCGGAAAGAAAUCUAAGAAAAGUGGGAUUAAAGAGAACAAAGAAAACUGCGAUGAACGCACGGACAUGGAAAAAGGGUCUACCACCAUAAUAGAUGAUGGGACCCGGCAUUGGAAAAGUGCAAUUCUAGAUCAUGAGGAAGAUCGGCUGCUGAAUGAUUAAAGAAGUCAGAAGAAGCAGCGAGAAAAUUAAAAAAAAACAACAAAAAGCAAAAUGUAAAAAAAAAUUUAAAAACAAAAAGCAAAAAAAAUUAAGA